AGAGAGAGAGAGAGAGAGAGAGUCCUUUGGGAAAGAGUCACAAAGCGAUUUGCUCAGAGAGGGAGCGGAGAGGCGAGAGCUCGGCAGUCAUCCGCAGGAAGCAGCGCUGCUCUGGACACCACCGACCGACCCUCCCCAACACGUCCCGGACUGCUGGGCUGAGGGAGAAGAAGAGAACGCAAAGUGCGUAAAAGAGGAAGAAAUAAGGGCGACAUAGUGAUGACACCUAAUCUGGGUGCCAGUUGAUCUCUCUUUUUCUGUCUGACAGCUCGAACUGUGGAUCUCAAAGCAGAUCCAGGAGUGACUUUUUAAACACCUUUCCCACCGGGCUCCGUCCUUCUGGUGAUUCACACACGUGUUUGGACUUUUUUUUUUGGAGCCCGCUAUUCCAUUUGUAGCACUCACUUUCUGCACGAGGACAUCGAAUUACAGGAAUAAUCGGUCAACUGCGUGGACUUCUGGCGAAGAGCGCGCGAGCGGCAGCCUGCAAGCGAAGAGCGCAACCACGUUGCUCCUCUUGAGUCAGAGCGAAGGAGCGACGGGAGAGCAAGUGCGCAGCCGGCCGGCGGAGAGACACCGAGAACCAGCGGGACAGGAAUCAAGCUACGGAGGCUUGUCCAUGUUUGGGAUCCAGGAGAGCAUCCAGCGCAGCGGCAGCAGCCUGAAGGAGGAGCCGCUGGGAGGCAUGAACUCUGUCCGGAGCUGGAUGCAGGGGGGCGGCGUGCUGGACGCCAACACGGCCGCCCAAAGUGGAGUGGGUCUGGCCCGGGCUCACUUUGAGAAGCAGCCGCCCUCAAACCUGCGCAAGUCCAACUUCUUCCACUUCGUCCUGGCUCUGUACGACCGGCAGGGUCAGCCGGUGGAGAUCGAGAGGACCAACUUCUUGGGUUUCAUUGAGAAAGAGAAGGAGAUUAGCGGAGAGAAGACCAAUAACGGGAUUCAUUACCGGCUGCAGCUUCUUUACAGUAACGGCAUCAGAACAGAGCAGGACUUUUAUGUUCGACUCAUAGACUCCAUGACCAAACAGGCAAUUAUCUAUGAGGGCCAAGACAAGAACCCAGAGAUGUGCAGAGUGCUGCUGACACAUGAGAUCAUGUGCAGCCGGUGCUGUGACAAGAAGAGCUGCGGAAACCGUAAUGAGACACCCUCAGACCCUGUUAUCAUCGACAGAUUCUUCCUCAAGUUUUUCCUCAAGUGCAACCAGAACUGUCUAAAAAACGCAGGAAACCCACGAGACAUGAGGAGGUUCCAGGUGGUGGUAUCGACUACGGUGAGUGUGGAGGGACAUGUCCUGUCAGUCUCCGACAACAUGUUUGUCCACAAUAAUUCCAAACAUGGCCGACGGGCCCGCAGACUCGACCCCGUGGAAGGAACACAAUCUUACCUAGAACACGGAGCAGCUCCUUGCAUUAAAGCCAUCAGUCCCAGCGAGGGGUGGACUACGGGGGGCGCUACAGUCAUCAUCAUCGGGGACAACUUCUUCGAUGGUCUCCAAGUCAUCUUCGGUACCAUGCUGGUUUGGAGCGAGUUGAUCACGCCGCAUGCCAUCCGGGUGCAGACGCCUCCCAGACACAUCCCCGGGGUCGUUGAGGUCACUCUGUCUUACAAGUCCAAACAGUUCUGCAAAGGCACACCUGGAAGGUUCAUAUACACAGCAUUGAAUGAGCCAACCAUUGACUACGGUUUCCAGAGGCUUCAGAAGGUCAUCCCUCGGCAUCCUGGGGAUCCCGAGAGGCUGCCAAAGGAGGUUAUUUUAAAGAGAGCAGCCGACUUGGUAGAAGCCCUUUAUGGCUUGCCCCAUAAUAACCAGGAGAUCAUUCUGAAACGCGCGGCGGACAUUGCAGAAGCUCUCUACAGCGUUCCACGAGGACACACCCAGCUCUCCGGCUCCACCCACAGCGGCAUGAUGGGGGUCAACUCCUUCACUGGGCAGCUGUCCGUCAACGUCUCCGAACCCCAACAGGCCAAUCAGGGUUUCGUGCGCAGCAGCAGUAGUGUGUCUCCUCACGGCUACGUGCCCAGCUCCACGCCGCAGCAGACCGGCUACACUUCGGUCACCAGCACCAUGAACGGCUACGCUAACAACACCGGCAUGACCAACCUGGGAGGCUCGCCUACUUUCCUCAACGGCUCUGCAGCCAACUCGCCUUAUGCUAUUGUCCCAUCCAGCCCCACUAUGGCCUCCUCCACCUCUCUCCCCUCCAACUGCUCCUCCUCUUCUGGCAUCUUCUCCUUCUCUCCAGCCAACAUGGUGUCGGCGGCCGUUAAGCAGAAGUCCGCCUUCGCUCCAGUGGUCAGGCCCUCCUCCUCCCCUCCGCCCUCAUGUACCAGCUCCAACGGCAACGGGCUCCAAGAUCAAACAUUUGUGGACUCUAGCAAGUACUCAACAGCCAACUCCCUACAAGGCCUGGCCUUCACCUGAACAAUCCCGGGAAUGAUUGUUCAACCCAUGUAAAGGUGUGAGUGACUGCGUGCGUGUGUGUGUGUGUGUGUGUGUGUGUGUGUGUGUGUGUGCGUGCGUGCGUGCGUGUGACUGUGCGAGAUGAACCAAGCACAUUCACACCGAUCCCUGCGGAGGAUUUCGAUGCGAGUCAGACUCCGGACGGGGAUGGAAGCAACUGUCCCGAUUUGAAGGAACAAACCCAACUCAGGCCCUUUCUAACACAAAAACAACAGCAAGAAAAACAGACGACGAACAAAAAACUGUUUGCAAACAAAUAAGUUGUUUAGACUUUGUACACCUUGAUGCUUUAUAGGAGAACGGCCACACCUACAUUACGACUCUCCACGGACACAGGAAGUGUAUUUAUUUUAGAGAGAAUCCAUUUCUUCCCCUGAGUGACUUGUUUUUCUUUUUGUGCAACAGUUCACGUGUGAUAAUCAUCUUCUAACUGUAUCUCACAUGAAGGACUUUCUAUUUAUGAAGUUUAGUCAUUAAUGAAGGAAUAUAAUGUGAAGAAUGCCUGGUGAUGGAGAUGAUGAUGAUGAUGAGGCUGCAGGAUCCAUACAGGGUCAAAUCCAGCCGACACAGACAAGCCAAUCCAGACACACACUUUCACUUCUUAUUGCCAAAUCCACACCACCGUCAGCAGAAACACUCAGACAGCGAGGUCUUCCUCUGCAUUUAAUCGAUCGGCUGAAGGAUUGAGAUGCUUCCCGCCUGCUGCAGUUUUAGCCAUUCAAGAAAUCCCCAUGUUUGCUUUGAGCUCGCUUCACGUACAUCUUCACUGCUACUUAUUUCAGCCAACAGAAGGUGCAGAGAGAAACAAAAAUCAGCCAAUUCACAAACCGGGAAUAAAUAUAUUUUCACCACGCAAGAUUCGAGAGAGGAAGUAGACAUGCUGCAGAUCUGAUUCAGGAUAGAUUUAACUAUAAAAAGGACGUAAGUAAGUGCAUGGGUUUUUGAACACCGGGUGCCAACGGCAGCUUCACUGUUUAGGAACUGACUUAACUGCUCCGCUGAGACCUCCGUCGGCCCUGUUACCACAUGAUCUGUUAUAAAGUCGGACACCGCCACAGCGACCUCUAUGAGAGGGGGAACACGUCUUAAAGACUGCUGCCAUUUUGACUUUGAUUUUGUUUGAGAGUUGCCUCAAAUGUUUGUCUUAAUACAUAAAUCCUUAUUUCUGUUUUGUUUUUCUUUUGGUUUUGCUGUGUUACUUUUUUUCUUCCUGCCAUCAGCCGGCCAAUCAGAUUGUGUUUCUUUUGUCACCUGGACACUUAUCUGGUGUGACUGAGAAUUUGAGUGAGAAAAUAUUCCAGUGGUGUGUCUUAAAUGCUGCACUGCAAAGAAUGUCAUUAAGUCUUCAACUGAGUCUUAAAAUCAAUGUGAUCUCACAGAAGGACGGGAAAUGACCACGACCUCUUAACAGCAAAACUACUUGGUUAGGUUUAGGAACAAAAACAUUUGGGCCUGGUUUAAGAUUACUGACGUAGCCUAUCUAAUCGUAGAAAGUCAAUGUUGACUUUUGCUUUCACAGGGGACACGAACACCAGUGUCCUGGGUGAAAGUCUCUUGUUUGAACCAUCCAUCAAUCCACCCGAACCACCUGCCCACCUUUGAUUAACACGUGUUUCUGCUGAACCUGGGAAUUUGUGUGUCCACCACGACGAGGGAUCCUUAUUCACUUUCCAUUAGCAUUGUUUCCGUGGUGCCGGCACAUCAUUUUGACACAUUACCACCUCCAUGUAAUACGCUGUUAGGAGGUCAUGGUCAUUUCACGUUUUGUGGUGAGAUCAAGCUGCUUAAAAACAUCUUCCCCUGAGGUCCACUUUCUUUUAAAUCUGCUCGUGAGAUCAGUUCAUUUUUACAGUACAACUGUAACUCAAAGAACACCAUUUCACCAAUUUGCAUCCCAUUUUGCACUUCUCCAAGAGGUAAAGAUGAGGUAUGAAUUUACAAGUCUUGUAAAAACAAAAAAAGGCUUUUUUUGCAGCGCAGGACAAUUAGCCAGUGACAUGUCUUAAAUGUGUGGUUCAACAGUCUUAAUUCAUUCAUGAUCAUGUUAAUUUUGCCAAAGCCCUUAUUUGAGACAUUACUGCCUAAACAGUCUUAUGCCACAGCUUCAACGCAAUUAGUUUUGUUUUUCUUUUUGUGUCAUACAUGUAAGAAUGCCAUGCUAUGUAUGCUGUUGGUGUUGUUUUCAGACCUGCAGCAGGUAGCGGUCACAAAUUUAUCUUUGUCUGUUUGUCAUCAGGGUCAUGGCAUUAAAAGAAACUAUUUGAAAGUGAAUUUGGAUUCUUAACUGGACAGAAACUGGCAUCACAUGCUGAUUAAGUAAACCCCUCUUAUUUGAUGAAGAUGAAUCAUUUGUCUCUCAUGUCAAAGUUAUUAAUCUUUUUUGUUUUGUAUUAUAGUGUCUGUUUAUUAAAAGCCAUACUUCCACUGCUAAUUCCAAUCAAAUUAAAACAAGCCAUGGUGUUGUUCUUUUUGCUUUGUAAGUCAGAAAAGCAGGCGGAUAUUAUUCAUUUCGUCACAAUGUUGUUCGUAUCAUUAUUGUUAAAGUUUGCAUAAUUGAGUUGUGUUAUAGGUAUAGAGUUCAUAAAUAUGUCUUUAUGAUGGAAGAUGGAAGAUGGAACAGCUGCUUAAUGAAGGCUUUCUCCUGCUUCUGUCAGGUUUUCUGUCCUCUCUUCGCUCCCUUCCUGCAUUCAUUUCCCUCCUCCACCUUGUUUGGAUUGUGCUUUUAAUACUCUGUACGUUUGCCCUCUUUCUUUCCUUUCCCUCACAAAAUGAGCCACCUAUUUAUUUUAUCUCAAAUAUGGGUCUGGAGACCACUUUUUUAUGUUUGUGUCUACGUGUGAGAGUGCCUGCGACUGGUGUGUCUGAGUGUGUCAUCAUUUUUCUCUGAAAGAAAAAACGUGAUGUUUUUAAAGUUGAAGGAUGUUUUUCUUUUUAUAGUACAUAUAUAAAUACCUGUACAGGAAAGGAGUACAUAGAGGGUUUGGUUAAAAGAAGUAUGAUCCGAAGCACUUGUCCAGCAACAGUUAAUAACGGUUAUCACGGCUUGUCUGCGUUCAGGCUCACAGUGGUGGUCAUCAUCCAUACACACAUUUAUCAGCAGUAUCAGUGUGGAGGGGAAGAGUACAGAGGAAACUACUGUAAAGAUGAUAAUGUUGAUUCUUUUUUUAUUUUAAACUUUGAAGUGUAAAAUAACUUUUUGAUUCUCUAUAUUUAAUUAAAGUUCUUUCUUCUCUGUGGAAAAGCUGUCAGUUUUUUCACUUUGUUGCUUUUCACCGCGGAGAGCCACACAUGCAAGGAAAACACGCAAAUGAGGAUACAAUUAAGGGAAUUGAGACACAGCGAUGCAGCUUUCUUCCCAGCCUCUCUCGCUGCAGGAGCUUGUAGGGAGGAGUCAGGUCAUCACCAAGAUUCAGCUCAGCUGUGUCAACUGCCUCAAUCCUCUAUAUAAACUGGUGGGAGUCAGGCCGACUUCCUUUAGAUAGGCUGAAUGGUUGCAUUUAGUUUGUUUUCUCUUCACUUAAAAUAAACCUGUUUUAGUUCAAGACCUCAGGUCUUUGUCCCAACUUUGAGACCUUUGAGGACAUUCACCUCUUAGAAAGCCCAAAAGACAUGAACUUUAUUGUUUCCAUUAACUUUACCUGCAGAUGGUGAUGAAGAGAGGAACAGGAGUGUUAAAGAUCUGCAAUGAAAGAGGGUUCAAUGUUGAAUAAGCAGUGAGUCAAAAAAAAAAAGUGAAUUCCUUUAACAUUCAGCGUGUUUCUGAAACAGCGCUGGCUUAAUUCUCUGCAAUGUUGAAAAUCAAACCUGCAGAACAAAAAGUGAAAGAUCGGGUGAAUUUGAUACCUUCCAUGCAGUGAAAGGGUUUCUUCUAGACGGCUGACUCAAGUUUAUCUAAUGUCUUGGUCACACAGUAUCACACAUUAUCAGCCCAAUAAUGGCCUCACCUGACAGACAUGAGCCG